AUGACGCCAAGCCAUUGUACGCCCACACGAGCAUCUUGCAGAGCCGACGCUGGUACCAAAGCUGGUGCUGUCCCAGCAGCGAGCGAGCUACGUCACGCGCGGAGAAGGAUCCAGAACCGGUUGAACCAGAGAGCACAUCGAUCGAGAGCACGGGAGCUAAGGAUCAACAGCUCGACGCAACCUUAUCGUGUCCAUCGCUGGCGGCUAGAUGAUGGGAGAGAUGACAUGCCACGCAUCAUCAGGCCAACCAGGCGUAACAACCACGGCUGUAGCUCUGUCUCCGGUGCUCCUGUGCAAAAGGGCAAGUCUACGUCUUCCAGUCAAUCGGCAGUCUCUAUCCAUUCAGAGCAGCAUCCGGAACCUGAAGGGGAAUCUCGUCCGCAUUACCACCUCCUGCACCUGAUCCACUUCAACGUCCUCCGGGGCCUCUCGUACAACAAGAGAGUCGUCAAGCCCAACGCGCUGAUCGAGUGCAGCGGCAACGCCUCGGCCCAGCUGAAGCGUGUCCUCCCCCAUCUCCCCGAGAUGACCUCCUCCUCCUUCCCGUCACCACUGCUGUGCCUCCCCGAGAGCUUAGCGCCGACGAGGUUGCAGCUGUCGUGCCCCCACUCCAACUGGAUCGACGUGUUUCCCUUUCCGCAGAUGAGGGACAACCUGAUUCGAUGGGAGAACUACUUCAGCCAUGCGGAGUUUCUGACGGACCUGCUGGGAAACCUGAUUAGCUGCAUGACCGCUCCGCCGCCAAGGACAAGUCGCGGCAGCCGCCUGUUGCGUGCCAGGGCGGGCCGGAACGCCGCUCGUCAGGAUGGUGAUGAGGGACACGAUUGUGCUGACAAUGAUGGUAACUAUAUGGAUGAUGGCGAUGCAGGUGACGAUGCUCCAGUGGACCGCAGGGGAUUCAUCUUGUGGGGAGAGCCCUUUCACAAGGAUAGCUGGGAGGUGACGCCGGGGUUCUUGAGGAAGUGGUCGUGGGCCGUUGAGGGCUGUGGCGAGCUCAUUGAGUCGACCAAUCGGUGGAGGACGGCGAGGGGAGAGACGCCGCUUCGGAUGAUGCUGUCGUAG